AUGUUUCUUUUGAUUUUCGCCAUAUUCUUGCCCACUGCUCUACUGAACUCUGUAGCAAAACGAGAUUUCGAAGACAUUCUCCCGAUUCAGCACAUCAAAGAGGUCAAGGAUGGCUAUUUCGCAAAGCCGGAUGUUCAACUAGGUGAACAAGUUGUGGAAACGGAUGUGACAAGGAAGAAGUGCACGCCAGAAGAAGCAACAAACGCAGCACCGAAAUUCCAAGGUGGCAUAAACGCUGAAUACGAUGUGGACAAUGACGAUGAGCAGCCGGUCAAGGCAUUGCACGUUUCGAAAGAAACACGUGUCUUCAAUGACACGAACGACUACAAUGUGACUGAGGUGAUCGAGAGAGUCGAGCUGAAAAUCAUCAAACCACUUUGCGAUGAU